AUCGCCUGUGGAAAGGUCUGCUCGGUCCUCUUCUCAUCGUUCGUCUUCUCCUCGCCGUCGGACGAAGGUCCGCGUCGAGCUCGUGGCGUCGCCGUCGUGAAGGAUUGCUGGGUCCAUCGGUCGUCGUCUCUCCGAGCUCUGUCUCGCUCUCUUUGUCCCAGCUCACUUCCCUGUUCGAGCUCUCUCUCACUCUCUCUGUCCGAGCUCACUUCCCUUCUCUCCGUCACUUCCUUCUUCCCUUGCCGCCGCCACGAAGCCUGCCGGCCAGGCGUCUGCUCCGAGCCUUCUCCGAAGACGACUUCAGUUUCUGCUCCAGACGCAAGCUCCAUCGACGCUGCCGCCGAAGACUCCGCUCCAUCUUCCAUCUCCAUUGCCGAAGACUCCCCUCCUAUCCAGCCUCCAGCAACAUCGACGUUGCCGCCGCCAGACUCCCCUCCAUCCGUCCUCUGUACAUCUCUGCUUGGAUCUGAGACUGCCCUCAGCUGUUAGCAGAAUAAUGGCAGAAGAUCUGGUUCUAGAUACUGCAAUCAGAGACUGGGUGCUGAUCCCUCUCUCUGUGGUUAUGGUUCUAAUUGGUGUGCUCCGGUAUUUUGUCUCUAAGCUUAUGCGCUCUUCCCAAACCCCUGAUGUCAAAAUUGUCAAAGAAGGGCAAAUGAUGCUUAGAGCUCGGAACCUGCGUGCCGGAGCGAAUUUUAUUCCAGCGAAGGCUUUCCGUGCCCGCAAGAUUUACUUUUGUAACGAGGAAAAUGGGCUGUUGUUUGUUCCAAAGGGCCAAGCGCAGAAUCCGCAGGCUCAGAUGUUCUCCGAUCCAAACAUGGCCAUGGAUAUGAUGAAGAAAAACCUUUCUAUGAUCAUUCCUCAGACUCUUACCUUUGCUUGGGUGAACUUUUUCUUUUCUGGUUUUGUAGCAGCCAAGAUACCCUUUCCUCUGACACAGAGAUUUAGGUCGAUGUUACAGAAUGGAAUAGACCUAAGCACAGUAGAUGUUAGCUAUGUUAGCAGCCGGUCCUGGUACUUCCUCAAUUUGUUUGGAUUACGAGGAUUGUUUAGUCUCAUCUUGGGGGAGGAAAAUGCUGUGGAUGAUACACAACGUAUGAUGCAAAUGGGUGGAUUUGGAAUGGACCCUUCAAAGGGCUUGAGUGCUGAGAAAGACAAUCUUGACAUAACACAACAUGAUUGGGCCUUACCAAAUUUCGAGCAACGUGCUGAAGCUGUGUUAAGGAAAGUUGUCAAUUGAUCAAUGUUAUGCAAUAGGGAGUUUAGUUGCUUGCAUUAACAGGAGGAUACGAGCCAAACUGUAUAACCAUAGCGAAAGAUGUUGCUGAUCGUGUUGAAGCUAUUAGUGUAUUUUCAAAGCCAAGACCUUUCAUUAUUAUUAGAAAGCACUGAUAACCAGAGAUUAAAUUACACAUUAGUUGCAUAUUUUUUUUUCUGAAUGUCCAUAAGCAUGAGAAACAUAAAUUUUUCCCGUGAAACGUUCAACUUUGUACCGUGUUUUAAAGUCAUACUACUACUGUCUUUAUCCAUAA